UCUAAACCUGCAAAAGAAAUCAGCAACUCACAAUGUCAGAUACUGACGAGAAUGAAACCAACUCAAAUACAAACCAAAGCCCUAUUAGUUUUUCAGCCUCUCAAUUCGCAGAACUUAUGCGAUUGAUAACAAACCCCACAACACCAACACCAAUCCCUCAAUCCAAACCAUCCCAGAAACUAGAGUCGUUGGGAGAUGUAACCGUGACAACCAAACUUGACGGAGACAAUUACCACGUAUGGGUAACCCUGAUGGAAAGAGCUAUCGGCGGAAAGGGUCUGACCUCUCACAUCUCUGGAGUUUCAGACCCCCCGUCAAUCACCGAUCCAAUGUAUCCAAUAUGGCAGCAACGAGACCAUUGUUGCUUUAAUUGGAUUAUAAACAACAUCGAGACAAGCCUCGUAAACGAAGUCUCACAAUACAAGACAGCAGGAGACUUAUGGGAUGCACUCGCCACCACAUACGACAGCGGAGCAGACCCCUUUCAAGUUUCAGAUCUUCAUCGACAAGCUUACGGAAUGAAACAGGGAAACAUGACGCUGGAAGCUUUGUGGCAGAAAUUCCAAGAUUUAUGGCUAUCAAUAGACCGUAGAGAUCCUAACCCAAUGGAUACCCCAUCGACCAUCGAAAAAUAUAAUCAGAAUACUCAAAGGCAUAGAGUAUACCAAUUUUUGUGGGCUCUCGAUGAACGGUACGAUCAGAUAAAGAGGGAGAUUUUGAAUAAAGAUCCCCUUCCCUCUGUUCGGGCCACAUAUGGAAUUGUACGCCGCGAAGCCGUCAAUGACAAGCUUAUCAAAGCCGAGCUCAAGGAAUCUGGAAUAGCCACAGGCCUCGGAACCUUCGAUCGGAGCAGGUCCAAUAGCAAGUCAAAAAACCCACCGCUGCUACCACCCAAAUUCCCGACGAACCGUCGGGAUGAGGACAAGCUCAAACUCACGUGCAGCCAUUGUGGAGGAAAAAAGCACACGCGGGACACCUGCUUCCACAUCCAUGGUUUUCCCGAAUGGUGGGAAGACAUGAAAAAGGCUCGUCAGAACCGAGGUACUAAUAGAGGCGGCAAUGGAGGGAGAGCAGCUGUGGCGGUCGGAGAACGAGCUGCCAACGCUGAAGGAUCGACGGCGGGCAGCAUCGUUUCCCAAUCGCGAAUGGAGACAGAGCAGACGAAAAGAAAGCUAUGGAAUCCGUUUCAGUGGCAAGGACGUGGUCUGAAGGAUAUCAAGACGGGGAUGAUAGUUGGGCGUGGCACUGAGCGAAGCGGACUGUACUAUGUGGACGAGAUAGCCCAAUAGAGUGUCGCAAUGCUGACUCACGGACAGACUGACAGGCAGGUGUGGCUUUGGCAUCGUCGGUUAGGGCACCCGUCCAUAGGAUAUCUUCGCCUACUUUAUCCUAAGUUAGUUAAUUCUAUGCAUUCCUUUCAUUGUGAAACUUGUUUAUUGGCCAAAAGCCACAGACAUUCUUUUAAGUUGAACAAUACUAGAAUGAAAGAUCCUUUUGCUUUGAUUCA